CAAACACACGAGCAAGGGUCUUACACGUUGUUGUUCGUGCCCACAUUUGGUAUCAGCGUCCCGGUCGCUAUCGCCGUAGUGUACACUGUAGUGUGCAGCACGCCACCACUAGUGUACGAUAACGUUACGACAGUCGUAGUAGUGAUUGUCGAUGUGUGAAACUUUCCAGACGGUGAUGAUGACACGACCCCAGUGUUGCUCAUGACGCUGUCACUAGUGACCGGGAAGAACGGCCGCGUCGUAAGCGUAACGGUAGUGAGCCAGCGAGAGGAAGUCGUGCUCGUGGACGUAACAUUAGUCGUGGUGUCGGGGACGGAGACCGACGUCAUUGUAUGGGCAGUAGUGACAGGUGAACCAGUCUCGAGCGAAGUAGACAUAGAGCUGAUGGCUGAUGACGAGGGUAACGACAGUAUUGGGCCCGAAAGGGAAGCCGAUACAGACGACCCGAUGGAUAUCGAAGGUAGGGAUGACACCGAAACAACAGGUGUGGACGCAGUGACUGGGACUGACGUGCCGGUGAGGGACGUCACUGCAGAGGGCAUCGAGUUAGAUGCCCUGGCGACGGACGUAGUCAUUGAUGACGAUGAUGAGACCGACGUCGAGAGUAAAGUUAAGGUGGGCAUCGGUGUCGAGAAUGGUAGAGAGGACGGCGUAGAGACGGACGUGAGCACCGGCGGAAGGGAGAGUGAUGCCGAAAUCGACGCCGAGAUGAGAUUCGAGGACGACAUCAGCGGGGGGAUGGAAACAGUCGAGGGUGCAGAUCCCGACAACGUGAUUGACGAGUGGGAAGACGACGUCACCGGGGAUGUGGGCAGCGAUACCGAAUUGGUUGAGACGGGUGGAACCGAGGAUGUCGUGAGUGAUGUUGUCAUGAAAGGGAUUGAUAGCGAGGAUAGCGAGGCGGAGGAUGAGGUGGGUGUUGAUAUUGGCAGCAAGGACAGCGAGAGAGAGAUUGAGAGUGAAGGCGACACAGGGGGAACAGACGUUAGUGAUGCUGAGGAACUAGAGUCCACAAUAGAAGUAGAAGAGAGUGAGUUGAUGUGCGGAGACACUGCGGAAGAGGAAAGAGAAAAAGACAAGAGUAAAGACGAGCCGGAAGAGAUUGUCGGUACAGGCGAGGAAAAGAUCGCGGAGGAUGUAAGAAAAGAACGCGAUACAGUUGGUGCUACAGAUAACAUGGACGACACGGUGGUACUGGAUACAAGGAGCGGUUGCGAUGGGAGAGAUGGAAAAGAGAGGGAUAGUGACGUGAGCGGUAAGGGGGAUGUGGGCGCAUGUGUGAACGUUUGUUGAGAUCCGGAUCUCGAUGUCGGUGAUGGCGAAGCAGAAGACAUAUUACCCGACAUAGUGCCGACAGCGAAGCUAGUUGAGACACCGGACAACGACAACACAUGCGACGACACAGUGGACAAAAGCCAAGAGGACGUCUGGGAGAAAAACGUCGAAGAUCGGGGCGAGGUAAAUAAGCUCGCGCCAGCCGAUGUCAACGAAGUCGCCGUCCAAUUAUUUUGCGAAACAGACGAAAGUGGAGAGGCCGUGGAGCGAACGACGUUUGUGACGGAAGUGGAGACAGAAAUAGGAACCCCAGAAUAAGGUGACGAAGAAAAGCUAGGCAGUCGAGACGCGCUGGUUUGCGUGCCCGUACCGAGGCUAUCUAAUUCCGUAUUCGUGGGGGAAGAUUGCAUCAAACCCGAGACGGUCGAUGUCGUCGAAGUAAAAUAUGAAGAAUCUUCUAUAGUGUGCGAACUGUAAUCAAAGCGCGAAAGAAAGCAAAAGCGUGACUCCACGAUGAGACAAAAUGGACGCAAAGCAAAGUGGACUGAAAAGUGGCGAACACUCACGAGAGUAUGGUUUGUGACGCCGGCGCAGUCCGUGUGCUGAGGGAUGUUGAGGGUAUACUCAGCGAUAGCGGGAGAGAAGGUGUUGCAGAGGCGGACCCUGUUGAGGUAAGUGGGCUCGUGGGGGACAUAGAUGGUCGUGAAGAAGAGAGCGUUGGGAGGGAGAAACUCAGGCCCGGUGGGCCGGAUGAGCUGGAAGACGGAGCGAUAGGCUGGCUCAGGGAGCCCGACAUCGACUGCGAGCUAGCCUGAGAAACUUGC